GGACCUUCAUACGUUUGUGGAUCUUCACUGAAUCUCCAAGAUGGAUAGACCGUGAAUUUCCCUUCCUUUCUUUGACUCUAUCCUUGCAGCCCAUGGCUGACUGAGUAGUGACUCUUUAGUACGUCACCUUCCAUUCCACAUUACAGACAACAACUACAGUGCCAACACAAUGCAGAGGCAAGUGGAGGUCAGAAUGCAUGAAAGCCAUUUGGAGCCCAUCGUGGAGCCUCCUCAGCCUAUGUGUUGGGGAAUAUGCAGCAAAAUCAUGAAUAACUUGGUCCUUUUCCUCACCAUCCUUGGUGUGAUCACAGGCUCUGUUUCUGGGAUACUACUGCGUCCCAUGUCGCCGCUCCCCCCUGAUGUGGUCAUGGUCAUCUCGUUCCCAGGAGACAUCCUGAUGAGGAUGCUGAAGAUGCUCAUCCUGCCUCUGAUCAUCUCCAGUCUCAUCACAGGACUGGCAGGGUUGGAUGCCAAGUCCAGUGGCCGCCUGGGCACCCGAGCCAUGGUGUACUACAUGUCCACCACAGUCAUCGCUGCCGCUCUGGGUGUCAUUCUGGUGCUGCUCAUCCACCCAGGUAACCCCAAGCUGAAGUCCAACCUCGGGCCUGGCAAGAAGAACGACGACGUCUCCAGUCUGGACGCCUUCUUCGAUCUAAUUCGAAACCUUUUCCCAGAAAACCUGGUUCAGGCCUGCUUCCAGCAGAUCCAGACAGUCACCACAAAAGUCCCCGUACCUACCAACAGGACCAGGGGUCCACCACAGUUUACCAUCAAAAGGGCUCUUCAGUACAAGAGUGGGAUGAAUGUGCUAGGUUUGAUCGGUUUCUUUGUGGCUUUCGGGAUAAUCAUGGGGAAGAUGGGAGAAAAGGCCAAGCUCAUGCUGGAGUUUUUUAACGUUCUCAACGAGAUCGUCAUGAGGAUUGUUGGCAUGAUUAUGUGGUAUUCCCCUUUCGGUAUCGCCUGUCUCAUCUGUGGGAAGAUCAUCUCAAUCGAUGAUCUGGAAAUGGUUGCCAGGCAACUGGGAAUGUACAUGGUGACCGUGAUCGUGGGCCUUGUCAUCCACGGUGCCAUAUUUCUACCGUUAAUAUACUUAGUCAUCGUGAAGAAAAACCCCUAUGUCUUCUUCAUGGGAAUCUUUCAGGCCUGGGUCACCGCUAUUGGGACAGCAUCUAGUGCUGGUACCCUGCCAGUCACAUUCCGCUGUCUGGAGGAGAACUUGGGCAUCGAUAAGCGAGUGACGAGAUUCGUGCUCCCCGUGGGCGCCACUAUCAACAUGGACGGCACUGCGCUUUACGAGGCCGUGGCAGCCAUCUUCAUCGCCCAGAUGAAUAACAUCGACCUCGACUACGGCCAGAUCGUCACUGUCAGCCUGACAGCAACCUUGGCCAGUGUGGGAGCGGCCAGUAUCCCCAGUGCUGGAUUGGUGACCAUGCUACUGAUCCUAACAGCCGUUGGGUUACCCACCCAAGACAUCAGUCUGUUGGUGGCUGUUGACUGGCUGCUGGAUCGGUUCCGAACCUCCGUCAACGUGGUUGGGGACUCCUACGGGGCCGGUAUCGUUUACCACCUGUCCAAAGAUGAGCUCGAUGCGUUUGACGCCGCGCAAAAAGUUGAUGAAUUUGAGUUGACAAAAUCCCAAUCCUUCUUGGAGAACAACACCAACCAGUGUGUUUACGCUGCAGCCCACAGCACAGUCAUGAUAGAUGAUUGCAAGGUACAUUUCAUCUUUAAGGAUAUAGAGACGUGCAUGUAGACUUCCCCGUAACGACUGCCUUUCCUUCUCUUGUCAUUUGGUAUGUCGACAGACAUUGAUGUCACCUUAUACAGUUAUUUUGGAGAAAACAAUAUUUCAAGGUGGAGAAACUAAAUAAAUAUGCUCUUAUAUUUAUUUACUCACUCACUCACUAUAUGGAAAAGCAGUUUUUGUGAUACCUGUGUACUUUUGCUCGACAGUUUACUAUCAUUCGGAUGUUGUGUUUUUGACAUAAUUUUUCUUUUGAAAACAUGUUUCCUCACUUUCCUUUUCUUCCUAUGUCUUGUAAUAACCUGUGACAUGAGUGGGAUUCUUUUUCUUCAUUGGACAUGUAUUUGUGGCAGCCCUGCUUACAUGAUUCGAUUCACUUUUAGGGCGCAUUUUUAAAUCUACAUUGUCUGGCUAGUGGUACACAUGAAGACUGCUAUUUCAUCAUGUUUAUCUAAACAGUGGCAGACAUAUUAUGGACCUGUCAAAAAUCCUUCUUUCUACUGUAGCUAGCUAUGUUUUAGACCAAAAACUCAAUGAAAAGUCCAUGCUCUUAUUUUCAGAGCAUUUUACUGAUCCAUUUGUCAUGGAUCAUUGUUCUAUUGCUUUGCUUGCAUGGGACGAUUACUAAUCCCUGUUUUAUACUGUAAUUUAGUUGUUUUCUUAUUCAACAUUAUUGUCCCGGUAAUUCUGUUGGGCAGAGAAUCCAUAAAAUACAUGGCCAAGAUAGAAAACAAAACUGACUCAUCAAUGUUUUACAGUCUCCUGUCAGUGAGAAAACACAUUUCAAUCCAUCUUCAGUAUCUACUGUCGCUUCAGUAUUCAGAGAGGAUUCAAUCUAUCUUCUGUAUCUGCUGUCGCUUCAGUAUUCAGAGAGGAUUCAAUCUA